AUGUGCUUCUGGGACACCUACCUCUACAUGUGCGGCUGCUACGACGUCAAGCUCAAGUCGCAGUGCCACGAAGCCCCCCAAGAAGGCCGCCAAGUCUGCACCGUCGGUCCCCAAGUCGUCAAGGGCUCGUGGUGCUAUGCCCAGCCAUUUCUCUGUGAUCGAUGCAGGCGCAUCGAAUACCAGUCGGGUCGUCCUGCUAGACGCUACGUCCCGUCCUGGAGCGAGAUUGCUCCUGGUGCCAAAGCUAGGGCCGAAGCCAAAGCAAGGUACUGGCAUUGA